CCCUUCAAAAGUGUCACUUUUCGAUUGGUGAUACGAGAAGCCGUGUCGCGUUAUUUAUGAUGGCAUAAAACGCGAAUUAUAUUUGCAACUGUGUGCAAUAAAGCGAUAUUUAUUUCGCUUAUUUUAUGUUCGCAACUCUGAUGGUGCCGCUUAAACGUGUUGCGUGACCAUAUCGUUGUGAUAAAUGGCGAAAUUAGUGCAUUUGUGUGUGGUUGUGUUGUGAGUGCCAAUGGAUCGACGAUGUUCGCAAUCGGUCCGGACGCUUGUUUUCGACGAUUCAGACUCUGAUCCGCCUAAGCAUGGUCAGAAGAAGGAGCUGUCCUCGACCGCGGUGCCUUCAUCAUUGAACCAGAGCGCAGAAGAUGCGGGCAAAACGGCGCGCACCAACUUGGUGCGAAUGCGGCGGUCCGCGCUCGGGAAAUCCGCGCCGACUCUAUCCGUCCACGUGAAAGAGUCAUGCACGGUGUCCCGGCGACCGUCGCGGUUGCCGCCGCCGCCGCCGCACCACAGGCUCUCUCUUGUGGUCGGCUCAGGGCGCUGCAGCUCCCCAGGCACCGGGCCCCUCUCCCCGGCCGAGGGCCCGCGCUGGCCCCCGCACCCCCCGCACCCGCUGCACCACGCCCUGCUCUCGUCAAGCGUGAAGCGCGGCAAGGAGCUCGAUGGUCGCAGGUGGUCGGUGGCGUCGCUUCCGUCCUCGGGCUAUGGGACCACUCCGGGCAGCUCCAGUCUAUCUUCACAAUGCUCAUCUCAAGAACGGCUGCUCGCGGUUGCUGUGUGCGAGCCGCCGCGAGCGCCCUGUCCACACUGCCAUCAACACCAAAAUUCACUCAACAGUUCACAAGGCAGCGGCAUGAACAACUGGGCAUCAUUGUCCGACAGCGGCGGCGCUUAUACGGCUGCUCGUGCGCCCUCCCCACAGAGCCCGAAGAGGCGCGUACGGAGUCGCAGUCUCAGUUCUCCAUCUCGCUCACCCGGCGGCGCGGCGAGCGGGGGCGAGGGCGCCAAAGAUGACGCCGUCUCCGCCAUGUCGUCUCUGUUCGCCGCGCGUUUCCCUGCCGCACAACGGGCUAUGGACGACAAAUUAAGAUCACUAAUUGAAGAGUUGACAGAAUUGGACAAGAAACCGGACCGGCCGCCGAUAGAGAGAUUCGUUGCAAGACAGGUAUUGGAGAUGGCGAGGGACUGUCUACACAAGUCGGAAUCGAAACAGGUCACCAGCAGCUAUUUUUACGACAUGGCCGACAGUUUAGACAGAUUGCUCGCUGAGACUCGAGAAAAAUCAGCCGAAGCGGGCGCCCAAGUAGCGCCUCUAGUCACUCGGCUCAUCUUAGCGAUGGCUCGCCCCGCCCGCCUGCUGGAGUGUCUCGAGUUCGAUCCCGAGCGGUUCUACAGGCUACUAGAGGCGGCAGAGGGACACGCUAAACACAUGCAGGGCAUGACGUCGGACAUCCCGAAGUACAUAAUCCACAAGCUGGGUCUGUCCCGGGACCCCCUGGCGGAACUCCACGCGCCUCCCCCGCCGCCGCAGCCGCCACAGAACGCCUCUCCUUCCAAAUCGCGAGGUCGCCAGUCGCCGCCCGGAGGCCCCGGCGGCGCUCCGCCCUCCGAGAACGACUACCAAGUGAUAAAACUCAUCUCCAACGGGGCUUACGGCGCUGUCUACCUCGUCAAACACAAGCAGACUCGAACGAGGUAUGCGAUGAAGAAGAUUAGUAAAAACAACCUAAUACUUCGGAAUCAAGUGGAACAGGCGUUCGCGGAGAGGGACAUCCUUAGUUUUGCUGACAACCCUUUUGUGGUAACGAUGUACUGCUCCUUCGAAACUAAACGUCACCUCUGUCUCAUCCUCGAGUUCGUCGAAGGCGGGGACUGCGCCACCCUGCUCCGCGCCGGGCCUUUACCACCCGACAUGGCGAGACAUUACUUCGCUGAAGCUGUGCUUGCUGUAGAGUAUCUGCACUCUUAUGGCGUAGUACACAGGGACUUGAAGCCUGACAAUUUAUUGAUCACUGCCACCGGACAUAUAAAACUGACAGACUUUGGUCUCAGCAAGAUGGGUCUUAUGUCUUUGGCGACGAACCUGUAUGAAGAGUACGCAGACAGGGAAGCGCGUCAGUUUUCUGACAAGCAAGUUUGUGGGACCCCGGAGUAUAUCGCCCCUGAGGUCAUACUCAGACAGGGCUACGGUAAGCCAGUGGACUGGUGGUCAAUGGGCAUCAUUCUCUACGAGUUCCUAGUCGGCUGCGUGCCCUUCUUCGGAGACACGCCUGAAGAACUGUUUGCUCACACUGUUAAUGAUGACAUCGAGUGGCCAUCAGAAGAAGACUUCCCUAUAGCGGUGGAGGCGAGAGCCAUCAUCACAGAACUGCUCGCGCGGAACCCGAGGGACCGACUCGGAACCGGCGGCACUCAUCAAGUUAAGGAACAUGUGUACUUCUGCGGUCUGGACUGGAACAACCUUCUGCGGCGGAAAGCAGAGUUUAUUCCUCAACUGGAAAACGAUGAAGACACCAGUUAUUUCGACAGCCGCUGCGACCGCUACAACCACAGCGAAGCGGAUACAGACGAGGCAGCGGAAGCGACAGCGGAGGCGGGCGAGGAGGCGGGGCUAUUUGCUGCCUUUUCUUCAACCUCGCCACAAUGGCGAAGACACACUUCUGCGGUGUCACAUGACUCGAGGAGUACGGACAGUUGGCCGGGCACUCCCGACAGCGCCGGGCCGCCGAGCACACCCACUGCUCCUUUACAUCAUCACCCGAGGUGUCCGAUGAUAAUCCCCGGCGGGUCAGCGUCGACGGCGGAGUCCUCGCAGACGGACUCGGACGACGUGUCGCCCGCCGCGCGCCGCCGCCCCGCGCUGCGCCCGCACCCCGCGCAGCCCUCCCGAGCAUCUGACGCGCCGAAAAAAGAGGCAAAGAGUGUGGACAAGCCUGAUCGUCCGGAAAAAACGAAACCGAUGGCGCUCGUCGCACCGAAGGCGAUGCGUCGCUCCGCCUCCACCUCCGGACUCUCGCUGGUGAUACAUCCAGCGGAAGACACGGGCACCCACGGCGGCGCAGGUUCCCCCUGCGCGGGCAACACAUCAAGUACCAAUUCUUCUCGAGACUCCUCGCCGUGUCGAGACCCGCCUUCGCCGUUCGCACAUCAUAAUCACUCGCUGAUCCAAUCAUCCAAACCUCCGAUCGUGGUCCGGCGCGGCCCCCGCGGCUUCGGGUUCACGAUCCACACGGUGCGCGUGUACUACGGCGACACGGACUACUACACCAUGCACCACCUCGUGUCCGCCGUGAGCGAGCAGGGCGCCGCCUGGGCCGCGGGGCUCCGCGCCGGCGACCUCAUCACGCAGCUCAACGGCGAGUCCGUGCAGGGGCUGCUGCACACGCAGGUUCUCCGGUUACUGCUGGCGGCGCCGCACGCCACCCUGCGCGCCACGCCGCUUGACCAGACCACCAUACAGGCGGGAGGGAGACGACGAAUCGGUGGCGGUCGCCGUGCGUCGGCACCGCCGCGGCCGCGUCCGAGACGAAGAUGUUCGCUGUUCAGGAGGAUCUCUACUAAGAGGGCGUCGCAGGAAAUGCACCAGAUGGUGUCGGGGGUGGAGCUGGCGUCGCCGUCGGCGCCCUCGUCGCCCUGUGGUGAUAGUCCGCUGCACGCCGCCGCCACCACCACGCACUACCAACGGCCGUCUUCGCUCCACGGUCUGAAACACAAGCUGGUAGCGGGCGGGGCGGAGGUUCGCCGAGCGUCGCUACAACACAUGCCGCUGUCGCCUCUCGCACGGACGCCGUCGCCGUCGCCGCAGCCGCCGCCGCAGUCGCCCACCAGCCGGUGCGAGGCGCGCAGCCCGUCGCCGCUGGCGGCGCGCGAGUGCGGCCGCCGCGCCUGGGCGCGCCGCGACCCCGCCUCGCCUCUACUACGCCGAGCGCUCUCCCCUGACAGGCUGCACCCGCGCUCCGCCGAGUCCAAAUGCUCGAUCUCCCCGCUGUGCUGCGGCGGCGUCACCGCCGUGUCCGUGUCCGGGCCGGCGCGGCGCGGCGUGGUGUGGCGCGCGCCCGCGCCCGCCGCGCCGCCCACGCCGCCGCCGCAGGACAAGGAGGAGCCGCCGCUGCCCAGGAUAGCGGAGGAGAAGGACUCGCCCACGCACCACGCCAAGAUCGCGCCCAAUAGGACACCUGCCAAGCAGAUGACCCCGAGCAUCUUCACAUCCUCGCCGAAGACGAGCCUCGAGAAGACCUUCGACGCGUCCAACUCCUUUGCGUCGCUUUCACUGUCCGAUGAGUCCUUCGCACCUGACACUUCUGUCGACUUGGAUACUUCGAGAGAUACUACUAUUGACAACCUCCGUCUCGACGAAAGCCGUUCCAGCACGGACAACAUCUCAAUGCUCUCCGAGGAUAAAGAAAAGAAGAAGCCAGAAGACAAAAAGAAGACACCCCCACAAGAAACACCCGCAGACCAGCCUAAAGAUAAAACCAGAAAGAAAUCCGACUCCAGUCUCAAAGAAGAAGAUAAACCAAAGGAGAAAAGCAAAAAGGAGAAGCCAGAGUUAAAAAAGCAAGAGUCUAUAAAGAAACUGGAAUUAAAGGAAGAAGCUCCAAAAGACGAUAAAAGAGAGAAAGCUAUAGAAAGAACGGGGUCAGUGAAGAGAGUGGAAAGCAAACAGGAGAAAGCGGAAGCGAAGAAACAGGAGAAGUUGGAGAGGCAGGAGAAAGCGGAGAGGCAGGAGAAGGAGAUUAAGAAACAGGAGAAGAUUGAGAAGAGAACGGAGGGGAAGAAGGAAGUGCUGAAGAGACAGGAGUCUGUGGACACGAUGAAGUGCCCAGAGCCGACGGAGACGGAAUGCCGCUCCAAGAACAGCAUGGUCAGCAAACUUCUGGGCGUCAUGAGCCGCAAGGGAGCGCGGGACAGGGACGAAGAUGACCACAAGCCCAGCAGGAAGGCCGACAAGGCCAGCCGGAAAAAAGGCGGCAACACCCCCACCCAGCAGCAGCCACCAAGUAAACUGAGCGAAGCCGGGGGCUCCGCCGAAAAGGUCACCGAGAGCGCAGAAGACACCAAGAGAAAGGGCCGGGGCCGCGCUUCCAGCUCCUCCUCACAAGAGAAAUAAGGGGUGGAUAGACCUACUGGAUAUGAGUCGUGGUUACCACACAUAGACGCUUCUAUCGUACCAAGUAAUUUAGUUUAAACCAGCUUUGUUAGUAAAAAAAGGCGGUAAUUAGAAAAAUGUUGGCGCAAAGGAUCGAUGUCCCAUACAAAUUUUUAGUUUCGCGCCCUUUUCCACUGACAAAGUUGGCAUGCCAAAGUAUAGUAAGAGAGUCCGCUUAUACCCGUUACAUUCACGUGUACGGUAAACGUGACUGUAGUUGACUACGUUGUGGAAAGUUUCCAAAAAGUUCGAAAAGUUUCUAAUUAAGAAAUGGGAAGAUUCGUUCUUCAUACAAAUAUGUGAGAAUUUCGGAUCAACAAUUGUAUUUUUGGAAUUUUUCGGCACCUGCCUUUGUACAUUAGAAACAUCAAUAAAAUAAUUUAUAGAUGUUGAGGAAGGCGUAGUACAUAACUGAAUCUUGUGACUCGAUGAAUAAAUGGCGUCCAUGUGUGGCGACCGCGAUUCAUGACAUACGCUUCUUUAUGUAGAGUCUGGUAGGUAAUCUGUUGUAAGGCCGGAUAUAGACACCCUAGGCACUUGGUAUGGCACUUAGAAUUUAGGGGGGCCCCCCCUUCUCCAUCUUAAAACCAUUGCUAGGUUGCCUAGGUCCGGGCUCUACUGGACUAGGCGGAAAUCUGGCCCUGUCUGUGGUCACCUGACGCUUCAAACGAAUUUGAUUUAUUUAGUAUAGAACCGAGCGAUGUGAUUUAAUGCUAUUUUAAUGAGUGGAAGAACGUUAGACGUAAGGUACGAGAAAUGCAUAAGUCUUUAUUGUAGAAUGUUUGCCGACAGAUGGCGUUAUUCGGUGUCGUGUUGACGUACAGUUAAAAAUAUAAAAAUGUAACAAAAAAAAUCGCUGUAGCUUCCUUUAGACUGUGUAUAGCUUUAGAGACAUUUUAAGAUUUGUUCUCACGUUUUUAUUUGAGCCGCUUUUCCAGUAUUACAAAGUUGAGGCGUAAAAAAAACUUUAUUAGUAUUUUUAUUGAAAAGGGCAAGUUUUGAAUAAGGCAGGGACGCUUUCCACAUAGAUUUCCGUACAUUGACUCGCCUGUUCCUAUCUCAAUGGCACGUGCAUAAUUAUAUUGCUGUCCCGCUCAUGAUGCCGGUUGUCAAAGUCACUGUGUCACACAGCAAUAUAAUUAUCCGCGUGCAAUAGAGAUAACAACAGAAAGGUCAAUGUACGAAAAUCUAUGUGGAAACCGUCUCUGCUUUAGUCGUGGGGACGGUGGUUUGAAGUUAUGCUUGUUUGUUCCUAGUAGAAUAAUUUAACCUAACAAAAUAUGAGCUAAAUUGAUAAUAUCAACCUUAAAUCGUGGACCAUAAGAGCUAAAUUCACUCGUCCAUAGCCCCCAUUAACAAAAUCUUUUUUAAUCUCAUGUUAGCGUUUAGUUUUUGCAAGUACGUUUUCUUAGAUUAGUGAUUAUUGUGAUAUAUUUUUAAAUCGCUCUAGAAUUUUUGAACUUGCAAUAUUAUUAGUUAGUUAAGCAUGUCCGUACUUUUCUCGAACUAGUUUUUGUUUUGACGUGUUUUUCGUUUUUCUUUUUAUUUUAUUGUUUUUGUCGUGUUUAUUGUUUUGGUAUUUUACAAAAUCCGAUACACAUUAACUUUGCCUUGAAAGCUUCUUUUUGUAAAUAAGUUAACCGUGACUGACGGAGACAACUAACAACCUUUUUUUAUUUUAAUAAUUGCAACGAACAUCGAUAAAUAGUGCCAUAGAGUAGAACCUUCUUUUCACUAUUCUGUUGUCUUUUCUUUUAAAAUUACUUACGUAUUAUCUACCUUCAUUUCGAUAAAAUCUUUGAAAGAAGGUUCCAUAAUCGUCUUCCGAAUAUAGGUACUUGUUAUGUCAUCGAUAAAAUCUGGUGUUUCUACUUUCGUUGCCCUAAGUGCGCAUAGACAAUUUUAGUCUUUGGUAAUCGGAUAUUUCAGUCUAUUAUCCUUUCGUGUGCCGUGAUUGUUUU